UCUUUUGAGUGUUUUUAAAGUAGUAUUAUAAAAUAAGUGCACCUUUCUUAAGAAACACAGAGUAUAUCGCUGAUAUUUUUUCAUAUAACAACACUACAUCGAUGAUCAAGCUGUACAAUGACGAUCUGAAACCGAUUUUUAAGAGCAUAAUCACCGAGAACACUUGUGCGUAAAUAAAUUUAAAAAAAAACUUUACAAUGCCAUCAAUCGCCGGAAAAUAUCAACAUUACAAAAACGAGGACAUUGAAGAAUAUUUUACAGCUGUUGGAGUUCCAUAUAUAGGACGAAAAAUGAUGUCAAUGUCUUCACCAUUAAUGGAAAUAUCUGUGGAUGGAGAUUAUAUUACUAUUAAAACUUCAUCUGUGAUGAGAACAAAUGAAACCAAAUUUAAAAUAGGUGAAGAGUAUGACGAGCAAAUGCCAAGCACUGUUAUCAAAAGUACCUCAAAACUUAUAAACGACAACGAGCUUAUUACCGAGUCUGUAAUACCUGAAACUGGAGAUAAAUGUGGCCGACACUACUUAUUCAGUGAUGAAGGAUGCGUUAUCACACUUACUCAUGAUAAGGCUAAGAAACCAGGCAAGAGAUAUUUCCGAAGGGUGAACUCUUAAAGAAGAUGGGUGUAAUAAUGAAAUAUCUAUUAAUUUUAAACCUUUUAAAUAAAUCUAUAUCAUAA